UGAAAGGAACUUCAGUCAGAAAGGCAAUAUUGUUUACAGAGACGAACAGAACAGGACAAAUCAUGAAGGUGUUGUACUCUGUGUUAGCUGCGGUAUACCUACUGGGUUUUUCAGAUGUCUCUGCAAAUGAGAAAUUUCACGUCGAAGCAAUUAAGGAAGGAGAAGAAGAUAUUGUAAGUGUUACGGAUGAAAAUGGGAAGGUUGUGUCUACCGCCGCCUUCCAUCCCGAGGAUGAAUAUCAACUGCAGAAGCCAAACGAUGAGAACGACUAUGUUUGCCUUGUCUCGCACAUUGAAGAAAAUGAAAAUGGAAACGAACAAUGUUAUGAACGUGUACCUCUCCCUGAAGAUUUGGAACAUGGAUUGGAACUUGAAGAAUGUGAAGAUCGUGAGAUAUUCCUUCUAAAGCCAAUGGACCCAAAGGACUGUGAGAACGAUUCCUUGGUAAGUAGAAGGGGCCAUAGUUACUGCAUCUGGAUAGCGCAAGUACAAUGCUAUUGUGCAGAACGUUAUUGUGCGAAAAGAGGAUGGUGGGGCAAGUGCGGGCGUUGGGGAUGCAGGAGAUACGCAUACCGCGUGUUGAAAACUAAGAAGUGCUAUUAAAGGAUAGAAGUGGACACUUGCUUUGUGAAAUUGAUAUCUACUACAUGUAUUCGAUUAGAUACACUUUCCUGUAUUUAAUUGAUAGUGAUUAAUCUUAUUUUUCCAGUAAAACUAUAUACAUGUAUCAUAUUGUGUUCGAAACUGUUCUGAUACAAAAAUAUCUUAUAAUUAUAUCAAAAUAAAGUAAAUAAAGACAAAAGUUGAUAUCUUCCCAAAAUGUCAAA